AUGCUCUCAACAGCGACGAACGGCGACAUCGAGGCCGGCCCCGAGCCUGCGUCGGUGCCCAGCCAAGCCCAGAAUGUAAACCCGAUGAUGCUGACGGUACCGUCGAUCGAGAUCGAGGAGCCGCAGGAUGCGGACGCACCGCCAUCAACCCCAACCACCUAUCAAAAGCGGCCGGCGUCGGUGUACUCCGUCGGCGGCCGGCCUCCUCCGAUCAUCCGCGCCGUCUCCUACCAGCCGUCCAUCGCGGCGACGACGCACCAGUCGAGCGAACACCACAUCCCGCCGCCCUCGACGCCGGAGGAGAAGUCCAAGUUCACCCGCCGCUACCUGGCCGGCGUCACCGGCAUCAGCUACGCGCUGUUCCUCAUCGUGUUCGGCCUGAUCGCGUUCAUCACCGACGCGGUGGAGAACAACGCGCGCUACCCGCUGGCGGAGGUGUUCGCGCUCUACAUGGUCGCGACCGGCAUCAUCUACUUCGUGUUCCUGUACGUGGACAUCCGGCUGUACGUGUGGCGCGCCCAGAAGGCGCUGCUGGAGCUGCAGAGGAGGCGCGAGCUGUACGAGGAGGAACUACAGCGAAGGGCAGCGCUGAACAACGGGUCGGCGGGCGGGGUGUUGGAGCUGGGCACAGCGAGCGCAAACGGUGUGGUGGAACCGGCGGCCUGGCAGAUGGCACCGCUGAAGCCAAUCCCGCACGACUACUGCUUCGUGACGGGGCGUCACGGGGAGAUCAUCUACCUGAAGCUCGGCGCGACCUGGUUCUGCUUCGGGCUGCUCAUCCACUCGGUGCUACUGCUCUCCUACCAGGGCAUCCUGAUGAACAGCCGCGAUGGCAAGUGGGCCCAGUGCGCGUCGAACACCACCAUCGCGAUGGAGGUGCUCUUCCUCGUAUACUGUCUCUUUUUGAUAUUCUUCUUCUGGAAGUACGCAAACAUUGUCAUCAACCGCUACCGGGGACUGGCCCGGUUCGGUAUCAUGCACGCCAUCGGCACCGCGCUCGCCUUCUGGGUGCUGACGAUUGUGCGCGAGACGGUGGUAGCGAUUCGCAUCAAGCAGUCCUACUACGACGACUACUCGAUCGGCGAGAACUCCACCUACUCGGAGGCGGAGGUAGGCAGGCAAGAGCGGGACUCGUCCAUGCUCGCGCCAGGCGACUGCCCAGGCCCGGAGGAGCUCAACCAGGUGCUGGCGUCCUUCUCACCCUACCUAUACCCCUUCGUAAUCGAGUUCAAUAUCCUGAUCGUGGGGCUGCUGUACAUGAUUUACGCCAACAUCAGCAAGUGCCCGAAAAAGAUCACGGUCAAGGGACACCGGGGGCAUGGCGGGUCACACCACGGGCACGGCAGUGUGCACGGUGACCACGUCUCCAAGGGUGGAGGCAGUGUGCUCGACUUUGACGGCAAAAGCGAAUGCAGCGAUCAUUGCGACGAUACGCUCGAUCACGAGGCGCAGGUGAAGACCCGGCUGGUCGUGUACGGUGACUGUCAGCACGCCAGUCGGGGUCUGUUCGCCGGUCUCAUCCUGGUCGUCGCCACCAUCGUCGUCAUCAUACUGUUCCACAUCGCCUCCAGAGACGAUGACUACCGCGACACGGGCAUUCUGCUGGACGGUAUCUUCGAGGUGACGGUCCUCGGUAUCAUGAUCCUCGCGACCGUCGCCGCCUACUUCCAGACGUCCAAGCUCGACAUCAAUCCGCACCCGAUCUCGCGCCUCGACGACGUGCUGCUGUUCAUCGCCAUACCGGCGUUCUUCUCCGAGACGCUGUUCAGCAUGAUACCGGCGUUCGAGAACAGCUCCAUCCUGAACGGCUUCAUCGUGUUCACGCAGAUCGUCCAGGUGCUGCUGCAGACGCCCUGGAUAUGCGACGCCCUGCGGCGCUGCUCCAACACCGAGGAGCUGCAGAAGAAGAAGCCGGGCAAGGAGCUGGUAACGUUCAUGACCAUCGCGAACGUGUCGCUCUGGAUCUACUACACGUUCGCCGUCAAAACGGGCGACUUUGGUGACGAGCGCUACGACUACUACGGGGACGUACUGUGGUCCAUCCUGAACCACCUGUCCCUGCCACUGAUCAUGUUCUACCGGUUCCACUCGUCCGUGUGUCUGGUCGACAUCUGGAGGCAUUCCUACGAACCUGGCGAGCUUGCCCACUGA